AGAGAGAGAGAGAGAGAGAGUAAGGAAACAUUCUGAACCAAAAGAACCCUAAUCUGAUAGAAGGAGGAGGAAUGGGAAGCGAUGCGGAGCGAGAAGAAGACGUAGCAGCUACUGAUCUGUUUAGAGAUCGAUUCCGACUCUGCACGAUCUCCAUCGCCGAAGCGGAAGCAAAGCAAAACGACAUGGAAAUUUCUCAACCAAUCAUGGCCUGCAUCUCCGAUUUAGCCUUUAAAUAUGCAGAACAGUUGGCAAAGGAUCUUGAGUUAUUUGCGCAGCAUGGGGGUCGUAAGACUGUAAACAUGGAAGAUGUCAUACUUUCUGCUCACAGGAAUGAGCAGUUAGCUGACUCAUUGAGGACCUUCUGCAAUGAUUUAAAAGCAAAAGAACCCCAUUUGGACAGGAAGCGGAAGAAAGGUACAAGGAAACAAGACAAAGCCACUCCUACUGUCCUCCAUAUUCCUGAUUCCUAGAUCAGGAUUGCUUGAUAGGUACAGGAUGCAUUCCUGCAUCUCUGCAACAAUAUGUUUUUAGUUUAUUCUUGUCUUGACUCUUUGACAGGUUCAAAAUUGUAAUUAGA